AAAAAUGGAUUCUGCUGAACAGAAACAGUCGAUGUCGAACUCUAGUAGAUCAUUUUUAAUCUUAAACUGCUAAAGUGGUUUCACGUUAAUUACCGUAUAUUAUUAAAACAUAAACUAAUCAUGUCAAACGAAGAUAGUUUUCUACAUUUAGUAAAAUGUACUUAUCCUCAAAUGAUUGCUGCAAUUACAGGCACGCUAUUUGCGAUCUCAGACGGUAUGACGUAUGGAUGGAGCGCUCCCUAUAUUCCAUACCUUAUUAGUGACGUAAGUCACAUCAAAACUUCUAAACAUGAGGCUGAACUGCUGGAAACAUUUUUUCUAUUAGGAUCAUUUUGUGGUUUACCGCUCACCAUUUACUUGGUUGAUAAAAUAGGAAGAAAAAAAUCAUUACUACUAGCUUCAUUAGUUGUGUUGUUAGCAUGGAUAGCUAUAGCACUAGGAAACAAUAUGAUUUACAUUUUCGUAGCUAGAUUUUUUUGUGGAAUGUGUGGAAACAUGGCUUUUGUCGCGGCACCUUGCUACAUAGCUGAAAUAGCAGACUCCAGAAUUAGAGGGUUUCUAUCUAGUAUUAUUUAUGUGAUGAUGCUAUUAGGUUGUUUGAUAGUUUAUUGCGUGGGUCCUUAUCUACCUUUCUAUGUACCUUCUAUAAUUGGAGGUACAGUUUGCUUAAUUGAAUUACUGGUUUUCUCUAGAGUACCUGAAAGUGCUAUGUACCUAUUAUCUAAAAAUAGACCCGAGGAGGCCUUAGAAUCUAUAAAGUAUUUUAAAUCCUACUGCGAGACUACGAAAGAACUGGAUGAUAUUAAGGCAGUUUUGGAAAAACAGCAAAAUGAAAAAGGAAACUUUUUGGAUUUGUUCAAAGUUACUAGUAAUAGAAAAGGUAUCGUGAUUAUGACUGUCUUGAAUGCCGGUCAACAUUUAUGUGCCUAUUCAGUAAUUCUCAUGAAUUUACAUUCAAUUUUGGAAGCAGCUGGUAGCAUAUAUAUGGAUCAUAAUCAUGCUGCUAUAUUAUUUGCUGCUUUGAUGUUACUAGCCGUAAUAUUUGCUUCACUUCAAAUAGAUAAUUAUGGGAGGAAAGCGUUACUGAUUUUCUCCAGUAUAUUAACUGGAAUUUGUUUAUUGAGUAUUGCGAUCUAUUUCAAUUUGAAAGAGUAUGAUUAUGAUGUGUUAAGUGCUAGCUGGAUACCAAUAGUUUCAAUAAUGGUAUAUGCUUUAGUCUUCAAAGUGGGUGUAGGCAUAGUACCAAUAGUAGUGACAGCUGAGAUUUUUCCAACAAAUCUUAAAGCUAUUGGAAUGACUUUGUCUGAUGCUAUGUUUAUAGUUGGAGGGUUGAUUGCUAUCAAUUUGUAUCAAAGCAUAGCAAAUAACUUUGGUAUUUUCAUCCCUUUUUAUAUUUUUGGAGCAUUUGCAAUAUUUAUCACAUUCUUCACUAUAUUUUUUGUUCCCGAAACGAAAGGAAAGAGUUUAGAUGAAAUUCAAUCAAUUCUCAAAGGAGAGAAACCAAACAGUAAAACUUAUACUCUGGAAAAUACUGCCUCGGUAAAUUUCUAAAAUAUUUUGUAUGUUAGAAUACAAUUAGAACAUACAAAUGACAUUAGCUCUACUACCAGUAUACUUCAAUUCAUAUAUAUAUAUAGAGAAAUUAAAUUUUUAGCCAUUUCCAAAAAAAUUUACCAAAGAAUUAUUGAUGAGAGGAUAUGAACAUUCUGCUAACCUUCCUAUCUUUUCUGGAUUAGACAGUAAAAUUUGCAUUGUGUGAGUUCUGAAGAAUAUUAAUCUAUUUUUUGAAACUUGAUAUGUGAUCAAUUAACCUAAAUGCAGUUGGGCCAUGAAAUGUAUUUUGAAAGAGGUGGAUAUUGAAUGGGAUGUUCAAAUAACUUCACAUGAUAUAACUAGAUAAUACUGAAGUGUCUACAUUCACAAUAUCCAGUUAAAUAACAAUAUACAAGGUUUAUUGUUUUCUGGAAUUGAUAGUUUUGUCUAAUAUAAUAAUAUAAGACAAUGAAUGUAUAUCCAGUGACUAAUAAAAUUCAUGGUCAAAUAAAACAUCAUGAAGAUCUGAAGGGAGAAUUUGCGUUGAUAUUUUGUAAAGAGAACGUUGCUUAGUAGAAAGGGUUCAGUUAAAAUGACACGAAAACAUCUUUAUUUAACCUUCUCUGGCUGUGGUAUUUUAUGUAUAAUGUUCAAGAUAUACGUUACUGAUACGUGAUGAAAACAGGUUAAUAUAUUCACAAAAUCACAAAAUAAGAAAUUGAUUGAUAAGAGUUGAAUAAAGAGCAGAAAUGAUUGCAUGUGUUUGGGUCCCUAGAUAUAUUAUUUAAAGAAAUUAAUGUCAACGAUGGUAAAUUGCAAUGAGAUGCCAUAGAAAAAAUUUGAUGGAGGUGAUAGAAGCGGAUAAGUUUACUUCGAUAUAUUCAAUACUCAAAGGGUAGUAUGUGUAUAAGUAUUCUCAAAUUUAUGAACAUGUGACAUAAGUAAAAGCUUUUAAUUUCUCUUAAUCUCUCUUAAACCUAAGUGUUCCACUGAUCAUUUAUAUUUGGGCUUAUUUCUAUGUCAAUAAUGAUCCAAUUGAUUUCAUCAUAUCAAAGAUACUAUCUUCAUUAUUCUAAAUAUUUUUUUCUACAAGUUUCUAUUUAACUCUACUAUACCUUCUUCUUAAAUAAGGUGUGAAAUAUCUGACAAAUUACUAUUCUCUUAUCUACUAUCUAGUACUAGACCAACAGUCAUAAUUAGUAAAGGUACAUUGUGUACUGGUCUUUCGAUACCGCGGUCAUAGAAACAUUUUGAAAAAAAUUUAACUGUGAGUGUUAUUUUAGUGUUAGGAGUAAAUAGUGUGUUCAGGAUUAAUUAUAGAUUCCAGAUUUUCUAGUGUAUCAAUCUUCUAUAUCUAUUUCAAUUGAGUUAUAAUAUAAUAACUGAAAUUGAAUACCUAACCAUUUUUACAAUUAACUAAAUGGAAAGAAGAGUUUAUCAGACAAGCUGUUAUUACCAAUUAACUAUAUUAACUAUAAUUAAAGAAGACAGUGGUAUGAGAUUUUUAUUUUGUAUCCAUUUCAACUGUAUUUUACAUUCAUUUAUUGUCACCAAUAAAAAAUAUCUUGUAUAUGAGUAGUUCAAAUUCUAAAAUAAAAACUGUCAACUGAAAUGAAAUUUAAUUGAAUAAUUAUGUUUAUGUUUUUGAUUUCAUUGAUCAUUGCUAAGAAAUUCCAGAAAACCGAUGACCUUGUUAUUUUACGUUAAUUGUUAAUUGGUUACACCGUUUAAAUUUUGAAAAGGGUCGACUAGUAUGUUUUUAAAUUAUUAUGAACUCAUGUUUUCUAUUAUGUUACUAUUUCUCAACUUUUUCACAAUGUCACUAUUAGAUUUAUUAUGUAUCUGUUCACAAUAAAUCUCAUAUAUUUUG